AUGACGUCCUGGGACAACAAGACCUCGAUGUCGACUCCACAAGUCAAGUUCGAGGAGUCGCCCGCCGAGUCGUUCGUUUCGACUCCCGGCGGGGACAUGUAUCCACUAUUCGAGUCUUCGUCGGCCGCCAACACCAUGAACCCAAUGGAAAGCGUCAUGACCCCUCGAUCAUUCAGUGAGGACGGCAUCAACUCGCCGGCGGGCGACGAUAACGGCACACCGGCACCCGAGGGCUCGGAGAAGAAGACAAAGAAGCGCAAGUCGUGGGGCCAAGUCCUCCCAGAGCCCAAGACCAACCUACCUCCAAGAAAGCGGGCCAAGACAGAAGACGAGAAGGAGCAGCGCCGAGUCGAGCGUGUCCUCCGAAAUCGACGAGCAGCACAGUCUUCGCGCGAGCGAAAGCGACAAGAGGUCGAGGCAUUAGAGAAGCGCAACAAGGAGCUUGAGGAUCUCUUGCUUCACCAGCAGGAGCAGAACUUGAUGCUGAUGGACGAGCUUAACCGCUUCCGACGAUCGUCAGGUUCUGCCAGAGGCUCAUCACCCUUGGAUGCCCUUCAGCCCACCCCUAUCACAUUAUCACAGCCCCUUUUCGGCUCCCAAUCCAACCCCGAGUCUAAGAGCGGCAUGAUGAACGACUUCAUCCUCAUACCAGAGCAGGCACCAACCGUCGAUCCCGCGUCGCUGUCUCCGGAACUCACCCCCAUCCCUGAUGUCAAGGUUAUGCCUAUUACAUCCUCGGCGACGGUUGCCCCCGUGAAGCCCAACACAUCGGCGUCCACAUCCACCGACAUGACACAACAUCCAGCAGCGAUGUUGUGCGACCUGCAGUGUCAGUCGGUGGAGGUGCCGCAGUCGUGGACCGCCUCGCAGAAGAGGUCGCAACCGGCGCUGGCGCUCUAUCUGCAGCUCCAGCUUCUUUUGACAGCUUUUUCGACGCUUCUUUCGGCAUGCCGGGACCCGCUGAAGCUGAUAGCUGGAUCGCUGAAGCACAAUUUAGCCCUAACAGCGACCCCCUCAAUUACGAGUACAAUCAUCUGGAUGGUGACGCUUCCGCCGAACCACCGUAUUUCGACAUCAAUCAGUUCCUUAGUGACGAUAAUGCCGGCGCAGCUCCAGGCGCGAUGGCAGGAAACGUCUCGAUGGCCCACGAGCUCGAGCCCAGCUACGGCCUCUUUGACUCUGAGAAUCAAAUCUCUUCAGAAACUAUUAACCAGCAGCCCCAACCUGGCGCGUCCUCUCAAGGAUGCGACGAUGGGGUUCUUGCGGUUGGUAUCUGAGGGACGCGAUGAUCGGGUCGAGGGGCCGGCAGAUGGAUCCCCGGGUAUCAAGGGUGAUCAAGACCGUGGCCCGCUAUUGUGGCCUGACGGCGCCAGCUUACCGUCGCGUGAGGUAUUGCUCACGCUCCUGUGGGCAAUCCGAGUCGAAGAACGGAAAAUGCACGAGGCAACAAGGGAGGCGACUAUAGUCUCCCGACAGCCGGCCCCCGCGGUUCGACCCGCAUCAUUAAGCGUCUCUACAGAAAACCAAACCAACCAGAACAGUAUAUUAUUGGCGGCGCCCAAAAGGAAGCGAGAAAUGGACGCCGACAAAGGUAGCAAGCGCCUCAGGCUUGGCUAUUAG